ACAAGCUGCCUCACUUGUUCAGGAUUUAGUUGAUUUUUCGCAGACAAGCAGACAAAUUAACGACAAUUAUUAUGAAGUAUUUCGCACUUUGCCUCGCUUUGGCCUUCGCGGUCGUUGAGAUCAACGCUCACGGCCGGAUCUCCGACCCCGUUCAGCGUGGAUCCUUGUGGAGACAUCCCGAAUACGAGUAUGCAAAUCCAGGCCGGCAACCGGACGACUAUGAAAACUUUUGCGGCUCCAGGGCCGUCACGGAUCCCUUCAUUGGGGCGUGUGGUCUCUGCGGUGACAGCAUUUUGGACCCUAGGCCGAGAAAACACGAGAUUGGAGGCGAAUUUGAACGUGGCAUCAUCGUGAAAACGUACAACUCCGGUGCAACGAUUCCCGUCUCUGUCGAGAUUGCGGCGGGCCACGACGGUUGGUACGAGUUCAGGCUGUGCGACUACUCCAACACCGGGGUCGAGAGUGAGGAAUGCUUCGAUAACCACUUGCUCCGCUUGGCCGACGGAAGCACCAGGAUCAAGAAUGCCGGAAAUUCGGUCACCGCACAAGUCGUCCUCCCAGCAGGGCUUACUUGCACCAGAUGCGUCCUCCAAUGGCACUGGUAUGGGGAUGGUUCCAAGCAAUACUACCGAACCUGCUCUGACAUUGCGAUCCAAUAAUUAAUAAAUAAAUACUUGUUUUCCUGAAUAAAAUAUCUAUGCAACAUAAUAAUA